AUGGCUCAGAAAGCCUUCAAAACCCUCGCCCAAAAGAACACUCAAACCCUCAACCGCGCGCACCUCAUCGCCCUCGGCGUCAAUGCGUUCUACCUCCUCUUCGCCCUCCUAAUCUCUCGGAAACGAAGUCUCUACAAAUACAUCCUCCUUAACGGCCCGGCCCUUGUCUUCGAAUUCUGGUUCGAACGAAUCGGUCGCCCGGUCUACCAAGAUGGGGAGCUCAAGCGCGCUGGCGAAGAUCUUGAAGCCAAAGGACUGACGGAAUGGAUGUGGGACGUUGUCUAUUGGACUUGGGGGAAUGUAGUGUUUGUGGCACUCGCUGGGGAUUGGGCUUGGUGGGGAAUGGUCGUGCCGGUGCUCUAUAGUGUUUGGUCGGCGUGGACGACGUAUACUGGUGUGAGGCAGGGCAUGGGCGGGAUGAUGGGUGGAGGCGAUACUGAUACGCAGAAACAAGGUGCCGGUGGACAGAGUAAGAGGCAGGCGAAGAUGGAGAAGAGAGGUGGGCAGAAGAUGGUGUAUCGGUAA